AUGUCGUUUUCUACCCUGGUGGUGGGUAUUUUCUACCUUGCUGGUGUUUCUGCCGCUUCUGUUUCGAGGCAGAUACAGCUUGGUGGCCAUGAGUACUUUGUUCCUCCGACUGCAGCGUGGACGUUGAAUUCGUGGGAUGCUGAUGUGGAUGCUGAAGAGUUUACGCCGUUGACGGUGGUGAAUUUGAACGGGACGGCAAAUGCUGAGCGUGUUGCCGCUGCGCUGGGGGAGUAUGAGAAGGAUGAUGUUUGGACCAAGGAGUUUACUCAGGCUUUGUACAUCAAGUCCGAUAAAGAGGUUGCCUUCAACUCCUCAAAGUACAACGUUUCAGCAGUAUACACCGGCCAACAGUCCGUGCCUGCGGGUCCAUACUUUGUGCAUCGCUACACGGGCAAUGUCUUUCAGGCUUACCGUCUAUAUGUCGACACCAACCAAGCCUUUAUCCAAUCCACGUACCAAGACCCCUCCGGAACCCACCAUCCCCUUCGCGCCGGCGCCCUCUCCGCCGGAGGUCUCACGAUCGCCGUCCCAUCGCGUCUGUACUACACCCCCACGAAGGAUAAACCUCUCGCUGGUCUUCGCCUUGGUGUCAAAGAUCUAUACGACCUCAAAGGAGUCAAGACAAGUGGAGGCAACAGAGCUCUGUAUGAAAUGAGCAAGAUCAAGACCAAGACUGCUCUAUGCGUACAGAAGCUCAUCAAUGCCGGUGCUGUAGUCGUUGGAAAGAACAAAAUGUCCGAGUUUGCGUUUGCUGGCGGAUACGUCACCGAGCACAUCGAUUACCUUCUCCCCUUCAACCCUCGAGGUGAUGGGUACAAUUCGCCUGGUGAUAGCUCUGGUGGGUCAGCUGCUGCUGUCGCUUCGUAUGACUGGCUUGAUGCUAGCAUGGGAAGUGAUACAGGCGGUAGUAUCCGUGGCCCUGCACUUCAGAAUGCUGUUCACGGCAAUCGCCCUACUCAAGACGCUGUCAAUCUCACUGGGGCUCUUCCUCUUUCAUCAGCCAUGGACACCUCGGGCAUCAUUGCCAGAGACCCUGCCAUUCUAUCCAAGUUCACCCGAUCUCUUUACGCUGGCACGAUUAGAGAGUAUUCUGGGUUGCCGUCUGAAGUCCUCUUAGACAGCGGGAGUGAAAGGUUUCUCCUUAACCUUGAGAGAGACUCCCCCAAAGCAGCGACUGCAGUAGGGGAGUUUUUGAACAGCCUCACCAAUCUCCUCUCUACCGAUGGGAGUGUCUUCUCGAUUGACUCAGCCUGGACAAACUCUACACCAAAGGCGUUCAGCGACGUGGACCUCUCCAACAUGGUGGGCAGUGUCUAUCUGAACUUGACUACCUAUGAACAAUGGAACGAGUUUGGUCAAGAAUAUGUUGAGGAGUACAAGAGCCUUCAUGAUGGCGCAUUCCCUCAUAUGGUGCCUGAGAUUCGCGAAGGGUGGAUGAACGCCAAUAAGACAAUGACACAGUCGACGCAUGAGGAUGACUUGGCUUCCAAGAAAGGUAUAGAAGACUGGGUCGCAAGCGAGUUUCUGACUGCUGAUACCAAGAGCUGCUCGAAUGCUGUCUACGUCUAUCUCUCAGCCAGCUAUCCUUCAUACAAGCCUGAUGUUUCCCAAGAUGGCUCAAAUCCGUAUAUCCGACAGCUUCUCCAAGCCAGUUCUGAACAACAGUCUCUCAUUACCCAGCUCAACACCACCGUCAACUGUAACUCCACCCUUGGGUCUGAAGAAGCCUGCGAGGAAUCCCUGGAAGCAGAAAAAGCAAACUCCAACAACUCAGGCAGUCAGACCGUGUACGCCGGAAGACUCGCCUCUGUGGCAGGACUUCCAGACUACGCAGUCUCACUCGGCAUGUUUGACCUCGGCUCAUUCUCUAACUCAACCCUCCAGAAAGAGCUUGUUCCUGUAGGAGUCAACAUAAUGGCGGCAAAAGGCUGUGACUUUGUAAUUCUCGACAUCAUAGAGGCACUCCACAAAGAGGGUGUUAUCAAGACAGCCAAGACAGGUAAAACAUCAUAA